GCCGGGGGCGGUGCGUCCGGGAGCGGGCGGUUGGCGGCGGCCCGAGCGCCGAGCUGCUGCAGCCCCGGAACCGGCACCGAGGCCCGCCUUGUCCCGGCGCCGUUCACGCUGUCCAGCAGCCGACUGGCACAGCCCGUGAGGCCCUGCCUACGUUUGGAGAGGAAAGCUGCCGCCCCGAGGAAGGGGCUCGGAAGGCCUGGGUCGGCGCGGGGUGGCUGCGCUCUGAACCAUGAGGGUCAAGGUCAUCCCCGUGCUUGAGGACAACUACAUGUACCUGGUCAUCGAGGAGAACACGCGGGAGGCCCUGGCCGUAGAUGUGGCCGUGCCCAAGAGGCUGCUGGAGAUCGUGGUCCGGGAGGGGGCAUCACUGACCACCGUGCUGACCACCCACCACCACUGGGACCACGCGCGGGGCAACGCGGAGCUGGUGCGGCUGAACCCCAGGCUGGCCGUGCUGGGCGCCGACGAGCGCAUCUGCGCACUGACCCGCAGGCUGGCCCACGGCGAGGAGCUGCGGUUCGGGGCCAUCCACGUUCGCUGCCUCUUGACUCCCGGCCAUACUACCGGCCACAUGAGCUACUUCCUGUGGGAAGACGAGUGUCCAGACCCGCCGGCGGUGUUCUCAGGGGACGCGCUGACCGUGGCAGGCUGUGGCCGGCGCCUGGAGAGCUCAGCUCAGCAGAUGUACCAGAGCCUGGCCAAGACCCUGGGCACCCUGCCCCCCGAGACAAAGGUGUUCUGUGGCCACGAGCACACGCUGGCCAACCUUGAGUUUGCACAGAAAGUGGAGCCCUGCAAUGACCACGUGAGGACCAAGCUGUCAUGGGCCAAGGCUGGGGCUGACCCCAGCCAAGGUGCCUGGAGCUCUCAAACAAACCUGUGUGUGACAAGAGCCUGUGGUCAUUCCAGAAGAGGGACGAGGAUGAUGUGCCCACGGUGCCGUCCACUCUGGGCGAGGAGCUCCUUUACAACCCUUUCCUGAGGGUGGCAGAGGAACCUGUGCGCAAGUUCACAGGGAAGGUGGACCCAGCUGAGGUCCUGGAGGUGCUCUGCAGGGAGCAGACGAGCUUCGAACGGGUGGCCGAGCCGCUGCAGCCGCAGGCCCGGGCUCUCCUGGCGCUGCAGUGGGG